AUGAACGGAUACGUUGUACCUGACCAGCCACCGACCACUCCAGCACCGACACGCCCGGCGUCGAAGAUUUACACGCUGAAAGAGCUGCGGCAGUGCACUGGUAGCGAGUUGCCACUUCGUCUGAGUGUGAGCGCCACGAAGAAAGAGGAAGGCUAUGCCGUGUACACUAUCACGACAUCGAGCUUGUCGACACGGAACCGGUGCCAGGCCUCGUUCCGGUACUCGGAGUUCCUGGCAUUUCGCAACCAAGUGGAAGAGCUGUGGACGUGCCACGAUGGAAGGUGUCAAGGGUCCUGUCAGUCCCUCCGUGACCUCAUGGAGGCGUGUUUCCCGAAGAAAGUCGGUCCCAUGUCCACCUGGUCGUUCAUGGUCGGGGACCGCAAGAACAAGUUCAAGAACGUGCUGAUCCACUUGCUGCGAUCGGUGCUGCUUCCAGGCAGUACGAUGAAGUGCUUUCAUGCCCGCCAGCAGCUCCCUCCUGCUCUGUUCAAGUUCCUGGGCAUUGAAGACAAUGCAGACAAGCGGUCUCUGCUGCAGGUGUAUGUAGACAACCACCAGAGUGGCAUGAAGAAAUCGUCCAGUCAUUCGUCGCUGUCGUCACUCGAAGCUGCAGCUACGAAAACUUCGAUGGUCAAGUCUGCCACGACGCCAAACUUGGCUCAGAUGGAGCUCGAUGCAGAAGAGAAGAGCGCAGCGGUCAACCAGGAGGAACUCAAGUGCAUGAUCUGUCUCGACGUCGUGGAGAUAGACGUCCACGUUGCUGGUCCACAGGGUCUUGUGACGCUCCCGUGCAAGCACGCGUAUCACCGCGAGUGCAUCUUCGAGUGGCUGCUGUUUCAGUACCACUGCCCCAUGUGCCGUGCUCAGGUUGGACCGCACGCCAUGACGAACUACGCGUGCCCAAAGAUGCAGGAACAAUGGUGGCUCGGCAACUUCAAGCAGAACCCACUCGCUGAGUAA